AUGGCGAUGAAUAUUGAUAUGUCGCAAGCUUCCGUGGUGAAAGAUGAGCAAGGCAGACCAUUCAUUGUGGUUCGAGAUCAAGGCAAGAAGAAGCGACAACACGGAAACGAAGCUGUCAAAUCACAUAUCCUCGCUGCGAGAACGGUAGCAAACAUCGUCAAAACUUCCCUUGGCCCACGAGGGCUCGACAAAAUCCUCAUAUCCUCAGACGGAGAUAUCACAGUUACCAAUGAUGGAGCGACUAUCCUUGGGCAGAUGGAAAUCUCGAACCAUGUGGCAAAAUUACUAGUAGAGCUUUCGAAAUCUCAAGACGACGAAAUCGGUGAUGGUACAACUGGUGUGGUCGUUCUCGCAGGUGCAUUAUUAGAGCAGGCAGCAGAACUUAUCGACAAGGGAAUCCACCCAAUUCGGAUAGCAGAUGGUUAUGAUCAGGCUUGCGAUAUUGCGGUUGCCGAGUUGGAAAAGAUUGCGGAUACGAUCGAGUUUACAAAGACACAUAAGGAAAAUCUGGUUAAGGUCUCAAGAACGAGUUUGGGUAGCAAGAUUGUCUCCAAGGCUCACGAUCAAUUUGCCAACAUUGCCGUUGAUGCUAUUCUCUCGGUAGCAGAUCUUGAACGCAAGGAUGUUGAUUUCGACUUGAUCAAGGUUGACGGAAAAGUUGGUGGUUCGCUCGAGGAUUCGUUACUUAUCCAGGGUGUUAUUGUGGACAAGGACUUUUCCCACCCGCAGAUGCCAGAUGAGGUUCGAGACGCCAAGAUUGCCAUCUUAACAUGUGCCUUCGAGCCCCCAAAGCCAAAGACCAAGCAUAAGCUUGAUAUUACCAGCGUGGAGGAGUUUAAGAAGCUCCAGAGUUACGAAAAGGAAAAGUUUGAGGAAAUGAUCAAGCAGAUUAAAGACACCGGCGCCAAUCUAGUCAUUUGCCAGUGGGGAUUUGAUGAUGAGGCCAAUCACUUGUUACUUCAGAAUAAGCUACCAGCCGUGAGAUGGGUUGGUGGUCCAGAGAUUGAGUUGAUUGCUAUUGCAACCAACGGAAGGAUAGUACCAAGAUUUGAGGAUUUGUCAGCGGCGAAACUUGGAAAGGCAGGAGUUGUGCGAGAGAUGAGCUUUGGAACCACCAGAGAAAAGAUGUUGGUCAUUGAGGAGUGCGCGAACACUAGGGCUGUCACCAUCUUCGUCAGGGGAAGCAACAAAAUGAUCAUCGAUGAGGCUAAACGCUCUAUACACGAUGCACUUUGUGUUGUACGAAAUCUUGUCCGAGACAACCGUGUAGUGUAUGGUGGAGGAGCUGCCGAAAUUGCCUGCUCCCUCGCUGUCGAAGAUGCAGCAGUAAAGUCACCAGGACUCGAACAGUACGCCAUGCGAGCGUUCGCUGAUGCGCUCGAUGCUGUCCCAAUGGCUCUCGCCGAGAACUCUGGUCUAUCGCCUAUCGAGACACUUGCCAGUAUCAAAAGUCGACAGGUUACUGAGAAGAACACCAGAUUAGGAGUAGACUGUAUGCAAACCGGAAGCAACGACAUGAGAGAUGCCUUCGUCAUUGACCCACUUAUUGGAAAGCGGCAGCAGCUGAUGCUGGCGACGCAGCUGUGCCGCAUGGUUCUGAAGGUCAAUAAUGUUAUCAUUGCUGGAAGCGAUGAGAAUGAAUUCUAA